UGUCUUUCGUCAUUAUCCGGCGAUGCCAAACUCUUCUUCCUCGAUCGAGAGAACACAGCACCGCUUCGCUUAAAUCGGACAUUUGAGUCGGAACUGUUGUGAUUUCAAAUUUUCAUUUCUUGAGUGAUAAUUUCAGUUAUUGAUCUGUGCGUUCAUCAAUGGAGGUUUCUUCUUUCUCCACUGUACCCAGAUACUGUAACUCACGCUCCUUUGUUCCAGAAUUGUCUCGUUUCAGGGGAUUCAAAGUUCACUUAUGGGACCAAUCUCUUGUUCCUCUUCAUUUCAGCAUUCGAAAACGAAAGAACACCCCUCGUUAUUUGAUUUCUUGCAGUCAGAAGAAAGAUGUCACUGUUGUUGAUGGAAGUUGUAUGGAUGAGAUCUAUGAUAAGUUGGCGGAACGUCUUGUCCCUACAGCAGCGGCAAUGUUUAGCCCCAAUCUUAAACGUUUGGUCGGUUUGGCUGGUCCUCCUGGUGCCGGGAAAAGUACAGUAGCAAAUGAAGUUGUGCGUCGUGUAAAUAAGCUAUGGCCUCAGAAAGCUGCUUCUUUUGAUGCUGAGGUUAAUCCACCGGAUGUUGCUAUAGUACUUCCCAUGGAUGGUUUCCAUUUGUAUCGUUCGCAACUCGAUGCUAUGGAGGAUCCCAAAGAAGCCCAUGCGAGAAGAGGGGCUCCGUGGACUUUUGAUCCUGCACUACUGCUUAACUGUUUAAAGAAGCUGAAAAACGAGGGCUCAGUUUAUGUGCCAUCAUUUGAUCAUGGAGUUGGGGAUCCAGUUGAAGAUGAUAUCUUUGUUAGCCUCCAGCAUAAAGUGGUAAUUGUAGAAGGAAACUACAUCUUGUUAGAAGAAGGGUCUUGGAAAGACAUCUCAGAUAUGUUUGAUGAGAAAUGGUUCAUCGAUGUGAAUCUCGAUACAGCAAUGCAACGUGUUGAAAACCGGCAUAUCUCAACUGGUAAACCCCCAGAUGUUGCUAAAUGGCGGGUAAAAGCUCUGGCUCUACUCUACUUAAUAUUCAGUUACAUGGUUUCAAUGGUUUGUUCAAGGUAGCUAGCUGCUUCUUUUUUUCAAAUUUGGAUGGCAGGUGGAUUAUAAUGACCGACCCAACGCAGAGCUGAUAAUAAAGUCAAAGACAAACGCUGAUCUACUGAUCAGAUCUAUGAACAUUUGAAUCUACUUUCAAGGGGGCUAUUGGACGAAACAGAAUAAGAUGAAUAACAAAAGACAAUGUUGCGCUUCAAGGGAAGAUUGCCUUUGGUCUACAAUGUCUUUUUCUUGCAACGGAAACUUCCAAUAAGCAAUUUGUUCGCAGUAAACUGUGUAUGCUAGUGUUCUCUGCAUACUCACGGAUUUUGUUCAGACAAUGUGUUUUAUACUUCUAAAUUAGAAGUUCUAAUGCAUAAAGUGUUUGAAUGCGCGGGAAAUUACCUAAUUAUAAUCAGUCCAGCUCCCAACUAUAUCAUUUUGAAUAGUUAAAUGGUCUAUCCAAAUUAGUGCAAGAAAAAAAAGAGAGGCAAAACCAUAAUAUAAUA